AUGUCGGACGCUUUCACGUCUUGGCAAGAAAGGCCUGAGAGACUCCUGUUCCCUCACGACAGGAAGAACAAUGGCAAUGCCGCCGAGGACUCGUUUGGCGCCCACUCGACCGCACAGUGGAUUCAGGAGCAGAAACGAACAGCCAGCAGCCCAUCCCGCACUGACGAGCUUGAUCAGUACGGAAUUCCCAUCCACCCCUCGCAAUAUAGCGCUUUGCGUGCUGCUCCCGCAGCCACCACGAAAGCUGACGCAGUUCUUGACCGUUCGACUAGCUUGGCUCCGUCUUCAGCGUUUAGGUCGUCAUCGUCUUCGCGUCAUUUUCGCGGCUCUACGGCUACACAGAAUGCCGAGUCGGUGGAUGCUCGUACCUCACCGUCGUCCACCUUGCACGCGAUGUCGGUCGAUCCGUCUCCCUCGGCUUCUCGCAUUGCAGCACAGCCUGACGAUGCAGACGAGGACGAAUCCAUAGGCCUGCUUCUUGGCCAGUCCAAACGAAGAAGAGGUCGCAAGGACUCGUACUCGUCCUUCGGUAGCAGUGUGCUUCCUGUCCCACUCUUCGCUUCCACGGCGCGCUACAAUGUGCAUGCAGGCAGCAACAGUGGGCUCGCACAGUCCAGACAGGGCCUCCCCACCAAACAAGGUCGAUCCACAUACCCUCCUAGCAACCACUCUGGUGCUGCUCCCCCGUCAAGACAUCUCGUUACCUCCUCUGCCGAUGCUUAUGCAAAUCAACAUACUCAGACAGAUAACCUGAAUUUGCGCCAACGAAACCAAAACAACGCGCUUUCUUCGUCGCGACCUUCUGGAUUUGAUCUGGACAACUGGCUCAGGGCAUCGCAGGCGCCAUCGGCUCUCAGGACCUCUCCCAGUCUCGGAGCUCUCGCCACAUUUGACCUCUCAGAUCGCAUCAAUCGAGCGGGUGCGUUGAGCGAGGCUGGCACUCGUCGUAGACGUCAUCACGGUGGCUCAGCAUCCGGUCUUAGUGCGGGCGUAUUGAGCGCAGGUCCGGAGUCACCUUGUAGCCGUAGAAAGGCAAGCGUAACCUCCAGUCGCCGUGACCUGAGCGGCUACUCAUCCUUGUCAUCCGAUCAUCCGGUCCUGAUGGCAUCUCUUGAGCUCAACAAAGAGGCAGAGUCUCGGACCAUUGACACCAUUGAGGAGUGGCGCGCCAAGUCCGGUUCCCCAUCGGCGUUAAAUGCUUCUGGCACUCAAUCCACUCUGGCGCCAGACCGCGACACUAGCGGCGUCCAGCCAUCUGAUAUUGCUCCAAGACGCCGACGCAAAAGCUCCGUCAAGUCGAGCUCCCGCCCCGUGUCCACGGACGGCCCUCCGCCUGCGCUGCCACCCAUCCCAUCAAAUUUUGCCACAGAAUCUGUCACGUCCAGAACCGGUCGCAGACGAAGGAAGGAUACUGAAACUGCUGUUGCCGGCCUUCUUUCGCCAGUUAGGGCGGUCUCCUCGCAUCGGUGGCCAACAGCAGCACCAGCAACAAUGUCAAACUUAACGCCCGCUGUGCGCGAUCUUUACGUGCUGUCAGGUCUGCACUCACAAGCAGAGACGCCCGUGCGUCGAUUGAUCCGCUGGCUAGCCAAAGAGCAACUCAACACCACCAUCCUACCGCUUGUGUUGAUGACGUCGUUCCUGAUCCGCUGGGUGGUAGCCAGAGGCGAUUGGAGCGGUCGAGGCGCAGAGCCUAUGCACGGAGACUUCGAAGCACAACGUCACUGGAUCGAGCUUACCCUGCAUCUUCCAACAACAAAAUGGUAUUUUUACGAUCUACAGUACUGGGGCCUUGACUAUCCGCCCCUGACAGCGUGGGUCAGCUUGGCCUAUGGCUACGCUUCCCGACUCUUUCCCCCUGUAACCGCCGGGUUUGACUUUGAGAGCUCCAGAGGCAACGAAGAUGAGGCGACCGCCACCUUCAUGCGCGCGACGGUUAUCGUCGGCGACCUGCUCUUCUAUCUACCCGCCAUCGCACUGUUCCUCGGUCGCAAACUCGAGGGACGAGGCAGACGGACACAAGCCAUCGCCCUCUUUUCCAUCAUGCUUCAGCCUGCGCUCAUCCUCAUCGACCACGGCCACUUCCAGUACAACAGCAUCAUGCUCGGCUUUGCCACAGCUUGUUUUGCGCUCCUACAUACAUCUUUGCCACACCCAGGUGCCGCUACUUCUUCCCGUCCUGCAGCACGUGUACGCAGCCAGGCAGUGGCCGAUCUUUCGCGCCGCCUCAGUUAUGAAUACAUUGCCGCGGCGGUGUUUUUCUGCCUCAGUUUAUCGUUCAAACAGAUGGCGCUCUAUUAUGCGCCUGCUGUAUUCGCCAUCAUGCUGGGUCGAUGCAUCGGUCUCGCGCACGUCGAUCCUGAACGCGGCCUUACACUAUUCAUUGGCCUUGGCCUUGCGGUGAUCAUCACUUUUGGUGUGGUAUUUGCACCGUGGCUGACCAGUCUGGAACAGAUUGGUCAGAUUGUGCAUCGAAUCUUUCCGCUGGCGCGCGGACUAUUUGAGGACAAGGUCGCAAACGUGUGGUGCCUCUUUUCGGUCUUACCCUUGCCGGCGCGGUUCAAGCUGAAAAACGUGAUGGCGGCAUCAGCUUUGGCGAGGUUGAGUCUCGUGGUGACGUUGAUCGCAAUUCUACCAGGGUGCUGUUUGCUGUUCUGGGCUGCGGGUCAAACAGCCAAGAUGGAGACAAUGGUUGCGCAAGAAUCGGUCCAAACAACACAGAUGGAAAAAGCGCCACCAGGGAUGAUGUCGAGCGCUACAGGGAGUGUCAAGGAGAUCAGUGGAGCUGCAUCGCAUCGAUCAGGUACUGCUCGGAGUCGCAGAUCGACUUCAGUGGUAGGAUCAGCUGCUGGCGCACCAGCACGCUCCGAGAUCGAAUCGCUUCUCGCCGGAUCCGUCUCGAAGUCGCACAGUGGUCGAAUUAGCCAUAUCGGUCCAAUUCAAGAAUCAUUCGCCCUCUCGCACGAUUCGGACUACCCGCGCGCCAUGAGUGGGGCUGAUGCUCGUCCAGUAGCAUCCACCUUACCUUCUCCCGCGGCUCAAAUGCUGGUCUACGGCUUGGUCAAUGUCUCGUCUGCCUUCUUCCUGUUCGGCUUUCAAACGCACGAAAAGUCCAUCCUUCUUCCUCUUCUGCCCAUGACACUCUUGUUGGGCGCUAAAGGCGAUACCUGGGGAGGACAAAUUACCGCAGCGCGUGAUUGGGAGUGGAGCGUGUGGUUCAACAAUAUGGCCACGUUUUCGCUGUUUCCGUUGCUCAAAAAGGAUGGUCAGAGUUUGCAGUACGUUGUGCUGACGCUGGGAUGGAAUUGGCUCAUCGGGAAUCUCGAGGUGCCGUUCAAACCGUUGGCUAGCGUCAAGAUUGCAACGAGCAAAACUACGUCAUUCUUCCGACGGCUCAGUAUUUUGACGUAUACGGCGGCGCUGGGGUUGCUCGUGAUAGAACUGAUAUUGCCAAGAUGCAUGCCGAGCUUGCAGGCAAGAGUUUGGUCGAGGUAUCCGGACAUCUAUCCGGUGCUGAAUGUUCUGCUCACUGCGCCGUGCUUUGUGGUGAUAUACGUGUGGGCACUGGUCAGACAGGUUCAAGUGGCUUUUGCGAAUGGGUGGGAGAUUUCGCUGUUCACCACUGGCAAGAAGAGUUCUCAGAAAAGAGUGAAAACUUCAUAG